AUGGCGGGCAAAGGUGGCGUUCCUCGCCUGUUUGCCCGACACAAAAAUUCCAUACUGAGAGAUCUGGAUGUUAAUAGGGUCGUACCUCGACUUGUACGGAAAGGGAUCAUCACCAAGAGUGAGGAAAAGGACAUACUAGAGAAAACUGACUCAAAGAAACGCUCUGAAACUUUUCUUGACGUUUUGUCACGAAAAGGUGUUCCAGCGUUUCACGAAUUUUGUGGGAUUUUGGAGGAACUUGCUCCUCACCUACUGACAGGGUUUCUACUGGAUACUCCAGAGGCAAUAGCUGAUGAGAAGACUCCCACUCAAGCUCUACAGUUGGGUUUUGAGUUGGCGCUGAAGGAACGUGACGCAGUACUUCGGGAAAACGCAAAGGCGGUCGAGGAGCGUGAUCAGGCUCUCAGGGAAUUACAGCAACUCAGGACAGAACGUGAUAGUGCCUUACAUAGUAUAGAAAAUCUGACAGGAAAACCAACGAAAAACACAAAUUAUAAAAACGACCCGAACAGUCCUGCAGCCGAAAGACGAGCAAAGUCACCAAGCCGCAGAGCAAAAGAAAAGCUGAAAGAAAUGGAAAGUGACACAGAAUUGGACGAGGCUGGAUUUAAAAAGAUGAAUACCAAGGUAAGUCAGCAUGGCUGCGUUUGAUGCAUGGAU